AUGAAACUUAGCUCCACCAGAAGUGGGCAAGAAAUGCGUCUAACAUCGUGGGUAGAUGAUGAGAAUCCUCAACCAGGUAUAUUCUCACUAGGGAUAGAUCCACAUCGGCAUCAGGUAUACAUUUGGAAAGGGGAUGAACCGUAUUGGAGAAGCAAUAUCUAUGCAACUAAUUUAUCGUAUGGUAGUGGAUUUAUAGGAGAUGGAAGGUUUGGCAGUAGAGUUAUGGAUGGAGGAUUUCCAGCAUAUAUAAGUUAUGUUGUCAAAGAUGAUGAAGAUUAUCUUUUGUAUGUAUAUGAAGGAGUGAAGCUACCAGAUCAUGCAGUCAGCAUAGGGAAAAUGAGUUUUAACGACUGUGAAUCUGGAUGCUUCAGCAACUGCUCCUGUACAGCUUAUGCAUAUGAGAAUGUCACCAAUGAACUUACAAUAAUUUGUCUGAACUGGUUCAGAGAGCUUGUGGAUAUCUCAAAUAAUAACACUUUUGGUCAAAAUCUCUAUGUCCGCGUUCAUAGCUCCCAACUCGUAGACAAGAGACAUGAAAAUACUUUCACCCACAAAAAGAAAAUCAGGAAUGAAGUUGCAGUUGCAGUUGCCAUUGUUUCUGUAGGACUGCUUCUAAUCAGCAUUUUUGGUUACUUCUUGACAAGGCGAAGGAGAAGGAUGAUAAAGGAAGAGAGAAUAAGGAGGGAAUUACUUGGAUAUGAUUCUAUGAGCACAUCCAUUGGAGAUGCACAUAACAGCGUAGAGCUUGUAUCGUUUAGCUUAAGGAGUGUAGUCGAAGCAACAGGUUCCUUUUCAGUGGAAAACAAGCUUGGAGAGGGUGGGUUUGGUUCUGUUUACAAGAUGAGAAAAGGUACACUGCAGGGUUCUUUGCCUGGAAACAUAGAAGUGGCGGUUAAAAGGCUAUCAGCAAGAUCAUCACAAGGACGCGAGGAGUUUAUGAAUGAGAUGAGGAUUAUUGCAAAACUUCAGCAUACGAAUCUUGUUAGGCUAUUGGGAUGUUGUGUGGAAGAAGAUGAAAAGAUUCUCGUGUAUGAGUAUAUGCCUAAUCGAAGCCUAGACAAGUUCCUAUUUGAUCCAUCCGAGAGUUUGAAUCUUGAUUGGAGCAAUAGAUUCAAUAUAAUAGAAGGGAUAGCUCAAGGACUCCUUUAUCUGCACAAGUAUUCUAGACUGAGAGUUAUCCAUAGGGACUUAAAAGCAAGCAAUGUUCUUCUGGAUCAAAUGAUGACUCCUAAAAUUUCAGAUUUUGGAUUGGCAAGGAUUUUUGGAAUGAACCAAACUCAAGACAAAACCAACAGAGUUGUUGGUACCUAUGGAUAUAUGGCACCUGAAUAUGCACUUCACGGGUGGUUUUCUGAGAGAUCCGAUGUAUUUAGUUUUGGGGUCUUACUGCUGGAGAUUGUGACUGGUAAAAGGAGUACUUCUAAUUACAUCGAAGGCUUUCUUACAAUAUUGGAAUGGGCAUGGAAAAGGUGGAUCGAAGGCAGAGGUUUGGAGUUGAUUGAUCCUUUAAUCAGGGGCACCUGUAGCAAUGCUGAUCAACAGGCAGUAAAGUGCAUAAAUGUUGGACUUCUAUGUAUUCAAGAAAUAAUGAGUGACAGACCAACAAUGUCAGAAGUGGUUGUCAUGUUGAUAAAUGAAAACGCAACUGUUCCAUCGCCCAAAAAGCCUGCUUUUACAUUACAAAGAAGUGCCCAUGCCUCAAGUAGAUUCUCCAACAACGAAGUUACAGUAACCAAUCUAGAGCCUCGAUAA